AUGAAAAGCGUGACGUGGGCAGAGCCCCGAGCGAGCAGCCCCGCGGACGCUCACUCUCAGCACAGACACUGCAGGAUCUCCCCUCUGCCAUCCUUCUCCUCCUCUCCCUCCAUCCAUACAUCCGUCAGCGUGCAGAUUUUCUCCUCUCCCAUCGAACGCGAGACAGAGGACCAUGGGUCUCUGCUCUGUCGUCUGCAUCUCCCAGCUGAGCCCAGGCAGGAGCAUGUGUUAGGGAAGGGCCUGCCUCUUGCCUCCCUUCUUCUGCUUCUCCACACGCACUGCAUCAUGGGAACCUCCCCGGAGGUGCUCUCCUGGACCUCCUGCCCCAGUCUCCUGGUGGGCAAGCUGAAGGAGGAGCUUAAGCUGACAGUUGUAGGCGAGGCCAUAAAAAAGACCAAUCAAAACUCGCCCCUCCAGCCGCCGUCCCUCCUCUCCCCCUCCCCAUUGCGGACCCCCGCGGACCUGCCCCCGCCUUCCCCCCAGGGCCUGCGGCCCCCCAGACGGGACGAGGAAACCACGUCCGGGGGAGGAACCUCCCCCGUGGGGGCUCUGAGCGAGGACUCGUCCCGUGAAAACAGGAACUUCGACAACAGCGUCCUGCAGCUGCAGGAGCAGGAGGAUGGGGAGUCGCCCUCGUCUGGCAGUUUGGGGGGCAGUAGGGCCGAGGACGCCAUGGAUGGAGGGGGGCUUCCAGCGGAGCACGGAGGAGGAGGGGGCGCUCGAGAUCGCCCACGCGGCAACGUCAAGCUCCGCUUCCACAGGGCGGGGCACGGCAACAGCGGCUUCCUGGAGGGCCUGCUGGGAUGUCUGAAGCCUGUCUGGAACAUCAUCGGGAAGACCUACUCCACAGAGUACAAGCUCCAGCAGCAAGACCAAUGGGAGGUCCCGUUUGAGGAGAUCUCUGAGCUUCAGUGGCUGGGCAGUGGGGCUCAGGGCGCUGUUUUCCUGGGGAAGUUCCACUCCGAGGAGGUGGCCAUCAAGAAAGUCCGUGAACAGAAGGAGACGGACAUCAAGCACCUGCGCAAACUCAAGCACCCCAACAUCAUCGGCUUCAAGGGUGUGUGUACUCAGGCUCCGUGUUACUGCAUUAUCAUGGAGUACUGUGCACAGGGGCAGCUGUACGAAGUCCUGAGGGCAGGACGCAAGGUCACCCCCCGACUCCUGGUGGACUGGGCCUCAGGCAUCGCCAGCGGCAUGAACUACCUGCAUCUCCACAAGAUCAUCCACCGGGACCUCAAGUCCCCAAAUGUGUUGGUCACCCACAAUGACAAUGUGAAAAUCUCGGACUUUGGAACCUCCAAGGAGCUCAGUGACAAGAGUACCAAGAUGUCCUUUGCGGGCACCGUGGCCUGGAUGGCUCCAGAGGUGAUCAGAAAUGAACCGGUUUCUGAGAAGGUGGACAUCUGGUCUUUUGGUGUGGUACUGUGGGAGCUGUUGACAGGGGAGAUCCCCUAUAAGGAUGUGGACUCCUCCGCCAUCAUCUGGGGCGUGGGGAGCAACAGCCUGCACCUCCCUGUGCCUUCCACCUGCCCCGACGGCUUCAAGAUCCUCAUGAAGCAGACAUGGCAGGGGAAGCCCAGGAACAGGCCCUCAUUUCGGCAGAUUCUCCUGCACCUGGACAUCGCCUCCGCAGACGUGCUGGGUGCCCCUCAGGAGACCUACUUUAAGUCUCAGGCGGAGUGGAGGGAAGAGGUGAAGAAGCAUUUUGAAAAGAUAAAGAGCGAGGGCACCUGCAUCCACCGCCUGGACGAGGAGCUGAUUCGUCGGCGGAGGGAUGAGCUCCGGCAUGCUCUGGACAUCCGGGAGCAUUACGAGAGGAAGCUGGACAGAGCCAACAACCUCUACAUGGAGCUGAGUGCUAUUAUGCUGCAGUUAGAGGUCCGGGAGAAAGACCUCAUGAAGAGGGAGCAGGCAGUGGAGAAGAAGUACCCUGUGACGUGUAAGCGCCACCCAGUCCGGCCCAUCGUGAGAUCCAACGCUGUGGAGAAGCUUAUCAAGAAGAAAGGCAGUGUGCCCCACAAGCCAGGGGGUCAAACAGCCAAAAGGCCAGACCUCCUUCACUCUGAGGGGAUCCCCAAUAUGGAGGUGCUGCCCUCCCCAUCGCCCCUGUCCGGUAGCCCCCGCGGGUCCACGCCGCCCGGCAGGACCAGGCACCGCAGCAGGCCUCGCCACCGGCGGACCAACAGCAAGGGCAGCCACAGCGACUUCCCAGCAGCCCUGAAGGGCGAGGCCUGGGGCGCCGAGGAGCAGCAGCCUCUCCAGCAGCACCACCACCAGCUGCCAGCAGCGGGGGUCCUCCUGCCCCUGCAGGGCCGUGAGCACGCCGUGGCUAACUGCGCUAACAGCCUGCGGUACUUUGGCCCAGCUGCCGCCCUGCGCAGCCCGCAGACCGACCACCAGCAGCGGCGACUCUCCGGACCCGGCCCCGACCUCAUCUCCAGCAUUGCCGCGGCUGAUUGGCUCCCCAGGCCUGCCUCACCCCGCCUCUGCUGCAGGGCCCACCCCUUCCCCGGCCGCCUGGACUCCCAGGAGAGCAGCCCCGCCCCCGGCCUCCCUGCCCCGCCCCUGUACUCCCUGCUGAGCGCCUGCGAAGGGGCCCCACCCGCUCACCCACGAACCCGCAAUGCCCUGGAGAAGGGGGCACUGCCAGGAGAGUCUCCUGGCAACCGCUCCCCCCCUGGGCCGCCACACGCCCACCGGCUCCUCGUGAAGGCUGGUGAUGAGUCAUCUGAGGAGGAAGAGGGUGAGGUGGACAGUGAGGUUGAGUUUCCACGGAGACAGAGACCUCACCGCUGCAUGAGCACCUUCCAGUCCUGCUCCACCUUCAGCUCGGAGAACCUGUCUGCGUCAGACGGAGAGGAGGGGAACACCAGCGACCGCUCCCACAGCGGGCCCCUCGGCGGCCCCGGGGCCAGCCGGGAGGGGCCCCUGGAUGAGCUGCUGUCCCGCACGCCUGACAUCCCCAUCGACAUCUCCACCCAGUCCGACGGGCUGUCCGACAAGGAGUGCGCCGUGCGCCGUGUCAAAACGCAGAUCUCCCUGGGCAAGCUGUGUGCUGAGGAGCAUGGCUACGAGAGCCCACUGCGUUUCAGGGAGCUGGACUGUGAGUCUUCAGAGGCAGAGUGUUCAGACAGCACCCUUAGGAGCCAGAAAGCCUGUGGCCCGUCCUCAUGGUGAACUUCCCCCAUCCACCGUCUCCACCACCACCAUCAC